AUUGCUGGGUCCCAAAGAUGGACGAGCCUGGGCCUGCGCUGCGACUGCUGAAACGGCGACUGAAGCAGCGCAUCUGCAGCUCUGAGCUGCGGGCUUUGCCGGCCUCACCUGGGCGUGCAGAAGGGCCAAAGAUUGAUUGGCCUGGAUAUCCAUCUGCCAGCCAUGUUGCAGCGCCGAAACAAGGUGCUGGGACUUUGAGGCCACAUCCAGGCUCCUCUCAGUCCUUGCAACUUCCGAGCAAAGACUUGGAGGCGGAGGAUGAUUCCACAAAGCUGGAACGCCCGGCGAAGGAACACCAGGAACUUGGAGGAGAAGCGGCCCUGAGCUUUGUGCUGCUGCCUGCGGCACCUGCCCUGUGGAAAUUGGAGGGGAAGCGAGUGCUCCUGUUCCGUCCAGGCAGCACCUUGGAGCCGCGAAGCUAUGAUUUGCAUGGGGGUGCAAUGGAAGUGAGCCCGACUGGAGGACCUUUCACAGUUGUAGACCGCUUGUUGCCAAUGAUGCGACACGCCGUGCUCCAGGCCCAAAGCCUGUGCAUUUGGUUGCAUGGCCGCCGCGGCAGUGGUAAAAGCCGGCUCAUGUGGGGUUCUUUGCAAGACACAAGGCUGGAGCAUCCUGGAGUGGCACAAGUGCUGGCAGAUGGCUUGUUUCACACUUUGAAGGAGCUUGAACUGCUUCCAAUACGAGAGGGAGAUGACAAGGUCCUGGUCACACUUCAGUUUCUUAAAUUUGGGGUUGAAACCGAGCUGUGCGGAGAUUGCCUGGUCGGUCCAGACUUUGACCCACACCUCAAGCCGCGAGAAGCUUUGCUGGGCAACGGCUUUUUCAUGGAUGGUGCACCAGAACGAGAAGUGAGGCAACUCUCUGAGCUCCAGCUGGCCUUGCAGCGUGGUGUUGAUAGAUUGCGCCAAGUGGGCACCUUCCAGAGUGGAACUUGCAGAAAGGAGGAUGCCAUGGCACAUGGACUUUGCACGUUCAGGAUCCGGCGGCGAGUGGGAUCCGAAGUGCAUACCAGCACCAUCCACUUGCUAGACUUGGUGGGGGCGCAGAUGUCGGCAGAUGCCAAGACGAAGAAACGGACCUCUCAGGAGGACCGGACACUGAAGGCAAUGCUGAGAGUAGUUGAUGCCUUGGCAGAGGAUCCAGAAUACAAAUUCAGAGAUGGUCACACGGCGCCGCGACACAUCCCGCACAGAGACUCCAAGGUCACCCGGCUUCUGCGGCCCUGUUUGGGUGGGUCUGGCCGUUCCGUGCUGCUGAGUUUUGCAGAGGGUCACGAUGCCAUUCUGGCGGAGCUGGAGCUGGCAACGAGACAUGAGGGCAUGACCAGCGAUGGAGUGCAGAGCUGCAUAUUUGACCGCGAGAGCAAGAUGAAGGAGAUUGAAGAUGAGGUGGCCGCCCUAUGCCGAAAGCUGGGCAUAGUGCAGCCGCAGGAUAUGCAGUUGACCAUGGACGCGUCCAAUGAAGAGGUUCGUUUAGCAGAGCUGCUUCAGCUGCGUCGUCGGGUGCUGAACUUUGAAGAUUGGCGGCAAAUUCGACAGGGUGGGCUAAGCUUCCACAAGAAGCGAAACGAAGGAAUGUGAAGGAAGUUGAUUUGCAAAAGCUGCAAGUGGAACGACGUCGCAAUGUUUAAUUUGAAGCAUAGUAUUUCUGCCAUGACUUCUACGGCAAGCAUGUGGGAAGGACUCAAUACAAUUCCUUUCAGUGUCGUGGGGGUCUUGAGACUGGCUUGGCGAAUAAAUACAAGCUAUGGCACUGAAUCAUUUGAGUGGCAGAUUCCCAGUUUGGAGUUUCCUGACUUGAAAAUCGCUCUCCAUCGUGGUUUUUUGCUUGCGAGGCGACAAGCAAACUGCUGCUGGACGGAAAAGUGAGGCUAGCUGAUGCUCAGGGACACUGAAGCCUGAAGCAUU